AUGAAUGUUCGUCGCAAGUGGUUUGUUCAACUAGCUCUCACCAGCGAAUUUGUGAACUAUUACCAUGGUAAAAUCGUUGUUUGUUUCCUUUAACUUUUUAGUCUCCCUUUAUUUUGUGUUCCUUCACUUUUAUGAGCAUAAUUCAAUUUCGACUGCAUUUGCCGCAAGUUCUGUCUUUCAUCUGAUGAAACCUUUCGAAAUAUUAGCAAUUAUAGUACUUUCAAGUGCUGUCCUUAUGCCAAGUGUACCUUUUUUUGUAGUUCUUUGGUUAUUCCCUUUCUUACGGUCAUAGUAUUAUCGUUACUCUUCGUGUAUCGUCUUUCCCAGAUCGAAGUGCCAGAUUGAAGGAGAUGCAGGAGCGCCAAGACGAACUGAGACUGAAUAACAAGCGAUUGCAGCAAGAGGAACAAAAUUUAAGAGAAAAGUAUCAAGCGGUAAAGCACUUGAUGUUUUUUAGAGAGUUGCUGCCUUAAAUGGUUUGUCAAUUUCAUGAGUUUAAAGUUUAGUUAUCAUUAAAGAUCUUCGUAUGGUUUUGAUACUAUGAGAAACAAUGGUUUAUGGAUAUGACGAGGGUACAUUGUUUUGUUUCUUUAAAUAACAUUUAAUAAAGACAGCAUCGUCAGUAAAUAAAUUUAGUCGAACUUUCGAAAAAGACAAACUUUAAAAUUCUAUCAAACACUGUGUUAAUGCUAUUCACUUUAUUUUACGUUUGGUUUUUUAGUUAUGUUUGUUUCUUUUUUAAUCUAGUUAACGGAAAGCGUUCAAUGUCUGGCUGAAGAAGUCCAGGAGAGAAGAGACGAAUCAUUAGAACUUCACCAUGUUCUUUUCAAGUUAGGUGCAAAUAUUGGAAACCGUAGUUGAUUUUUCCUAUUCAUUCUGUUUUCUUGUUUACCUCCUUCUGUAGUUGGAAAGGAAAGGGAAAUAUAUAUAUUUUUUUCCUUCAAUCAUGAGUAAGAUUAAUCAGGACUUGUUAGUGUUAGAGGACAGACCUAUGCUCCUUAUCAUGAAUCGUGAAUUUUACUAUUUAUUUGUUGAAGUAAGCAAGAAAGAAGCUCAGCGUUUACGGUAUUUUGAUAUUGAUAUUGAACCAGUCAUUUCUUUUAUUCUGAUAACUACAGACCACAUAGCAACUUUUUUACUGUGUUUUUGAUUUCAGGAGUUAGCUAAGCCACUCUUAUUAGAACUCAAAAAGCCGAAACACUCAGCAUCGCAGACGAGGAUUAAGUCACUUAAACUGAACGUGUAGGUCAACGUACUCCAUAGUAUGAUUUCCUUGGUAGAUUAGGUUGCGAAUACACAGAUAAAAGCAUGCGCAUUAAGCACUUCAGGCAAAUUUAGCUCUCUUAGUGGCUCCCUUCAUUUGAUGAGCAUCUGUAUGUAUUUGUUGUGGGUUAUAUUUCAGUUGUGCGACGUGUAAAACAACAGAGAAUCAACAUCAGCUGGUGCAGUGUGACACGUGUCAUCAUCAUUAUCAUCUUGGAUGUGUCGAUCCACCUCUAACACGCAUGCCCAAGCGUUCAGCCAAGUGUUUAUGGUAGGUUAUGAGAGCGACAGUUUGGAGACUGAGAUUAGGGGGGAGGGUCAAGCUUCACCAUGUUUAAAGUGAAAAGCGUUUGAUAUCUAGGGACCUUUGUAUUAACUUUAUUCUUACUUCUACCACAUACUCAUGACUACCCUUGCUACAGAUGAUUAAUUCCUUUCAGCAGUUCUUUUAAGGACCACUUUCAUGCACAGGAUUAAAAAAACGCAUUAUACUUGGCUGGUGUAGUUCAGUUCAACAGAACAUGUAGCGCUACAAUCUUUUUAAUUUAGAAAAAAGUCGGCAAAGUUCAUCUGUGUGUGUUCCGCGUCAGUUACGGAGUCACAAUUUCAGUAGCUGCAUAACUGAUCGCAAGUUAACUUUCUUGUCUUUCUUGACUUUCUUGUCGCUCUCCUAAAGAGAGCGAUGUCGAGAGAAAUGAAUACGGUACAAGAGCUUUAGCCAAACCCUCUGCAUAAGUAUUUGCGCUCUAAACCGUGAGAAUGAUAUGUAUCUUGUGUCAACAGGCAAUGUUCAGAGUGUGACCCAAGUGAAGAUGAUGAAGAAAUGGAAGUAGAUCCACAGGACACCACACCCAUCUCUCAAGCGCGCCACAGACGGGUCAUCAAGGAGCCGAGCAAAUUUACUCCUGACAAGGGAGAGGUAAGGCCUAGUACUCGUAAGUGUUGUUUAAUCAUGCUCUCUUUUUCUAAUUAGCUUAAGUGUCACAAUCAAAAUAAUGGAGAUAAACCACUAAAAAGAGAAAAUGGAGAACUUUUUUCUUAUUUCUAGUUGCAGUGUAAGGGUUACAUAUUCGUAUAGGAAAUCAAGCAAAUAAUAGCUCUGGUGACCGGACCGAUAUCGAUAAUGGGUGAGAGCACUAAUUACAUCUGGUUUUCCUCUUUUUAAGGCAAAAAAGCGAAAACUGAAGACGGCCAAACGGAAAAAUCCCACAGCACAAGCCGAAGAUGUGAGCAAAGUGAGUGUUUACUGAUUUAGGUUUAAUUUGUACGUUGCAUUCAUUAUGUUCUCUCAACUUGUUGUAAAAUGUGAGUAUGUUCUUUUUCCACAUGAAAACAAAAUACAUAGAAAGAAUCAUGGCCCAAAUUCUCACUUAAUACUGUAUAGCUUGAUAAAACUGCAAUGCGACCAAAACGUACUUUAACAAUUAAAGGAAUAACGGCAAAAAUUACCAAAACUGCUUUUAGACAUAAAACGUGAUAAGACCUUUUUAAGUGUUGAUACCUUUGGUUUGUGUUACGCAGAAACCUAAACUAUCAUCCGACUCAGAAGCUGCACCAAAACGAGGACGGCGGCCUGUGAGGAGAGAUCCAGAGGGUGCGGACAAAAAAAAGAAGCCAGUGGAUGUGCGGACUGAAUGUAGCGUGUGUAAACGUAGUGGAACCAAUGCUAAUCUUGUCAGGUAUAAAUCAAAAUUAUCCUACCGUCUUGUCAUCAGGGUUUACCGUAUAUUCCGCGUAAUUUAUCGCUGUAUCUUUACUUUCCAGGUGUGACAAUUGUCAGCUGUGUUAUCACUUUCAUUGCCUUGACCCUCCAGUUAAGGUAGGUAGACUGUGAUGGUAAUUCACACAAUAAGAACUGACACGUGGUCAUUAGUUUGCGAGCAGCUCAAGGAGAAAAACACUUAGCCAAGAGAAACCAGUGAUUUGGUGUUACAUAAUAGAGUAUAACUGCAGCAAAAUGGAGCUGGUCAAAAAGCACGACACAGAGGCCUCAGAGCCCAUCAGUUGUUUCAUUAACAGCUUCUUCAAAUAGAUAAAAGUCACAUGAUGCGUGUGGACAGACGUAUAGUUUAAGUAACUUUAUAGCGCAACAUAUCCUUUGCUGUGUGUAAAUAGCUUUCUUACUUUUGUAUUUAGGUUAACCCCAAGAACUAGUAAUUGAGUUAUCCAGUCAUUCCUUCUGACGAAGGGCUAACGCUCGAAACCUCAACUUUGAAACUCUUUAUGGUGGUCAAUUUACACUAUGAACGCAGUUGAUAAAACCAAAUGAUCUAUUUUUACUCUCCCACCGACGCGGCACCACAGUUUCUUCAGAAACUUACCCCCUUUAACCCCGAAACUGCCGUUCAUUAUCCAUUGCUGUGUGUUGAUAGCUUUCUUACUUUUACAUCACGUGUAGGCUAAUCCCAAGACUCGAGGAUAUCAGUGGGUAUGCAAGGAAUGCGAUGAAUCAGUAAGUCCUGAUUCUUACCAAAUAGUCUGCUAGCCAAAAAGGUUCUUUGUCUUCUUAUCGGAGGAAAACUGAGGGAACUCGAUUUGAAAUAAAAAUUUACUUUUAUGAGUCUGUGAAGGUCAAUUUUACAGUAAAAUAAUGAGUGUGCUUAAUCUUGUAACUUUUUGUCUUUAAGGAAGGGGAAAGUGAAGAUAUGGAUGUUGAAGAGUCGAACACGUCUGAUGCGAAAACAGACAAAACAUCGAAAGAAGGAAACGAUAAACAAGAAAUCAGUGAAACAUACACACAAAAAGGGGAAGAAAAUAAAGAAACCAGUGAUGAUUCUGUAGAUCAUUCCUCGGUAACGAGCCCUGAGGAAAAAGACAAGAAAGUUAAUUUAUGA